AUGGAAUCGACGGGUGCGAACAUGUUGAUGUGUCGUCAGUGGUGGAAGGUGUGUUGGAUUUACGGUGAUCAGGAGAAAUUCUAUAGACAACUGUAUGGGAAAAGACCCACAUCUAUGGGGCCUACCAUGGUCACAGUACAGGGUGAAGUUUCUACGGUGCAUAGCGAGAAGGUGUGUCGUAACUAUAACAGUCCCAGGGAGGACCACAGUCAGACGUUGUCCAUGUCGCUGCCUCCCCCGGACUCCUUCCCUCUGGCUGGCAAGAUCCUGUACAUCAGUUGUGAUCAUUGUUGUUGUGUCUACAGGAAGGUGUGCCGCAACUGUAAGAGUCCCAGGGAGGACCACAGUCAGACAUUGUCCAUGUCGCUGCCUCCCCCGGACUCCUUCCCUCUGGCUGGCAAGAUCCUGUACAUCAGUUGUAAUCGGUGUUGUUGUGUCUACAGGAAGGUGUGCCGCAACUGUAAGAGUCCCAGGGAGGACCACAGUCAGACGUUGUCCAUGUCGCUGCCUCCCCCGGACUCCUUCCCUCUGGCUGGCAAGAUCCUGUACAUCAGUUGUAAUCGGUGUUGUUGUGUCUACAGGAAGGUGUGCCGCAACUGUAAGAGUCCCAGGGAGGACCACAGUCAGACGUUGUCCAUGUCGCUGCCUCCCCCGGACUCCUUCCCUCUGGCUGGCAAGAUCCUGUACAUCAGUUGUAAUCGGUGUUGUUGUGUCUACAGGAAGGUGUGCCGCAACUGUAAGAGUCCCAGGGAGGACCACAGUCAGACGUUGUCCAUGUCGCUGCCUCCCGCGGACUCCACCCCUCUGGCUGGCAAGGUUCUGUACAUCAGUUGUAAUCAGUGUUGUUGUGUCUACAGGAAGGUGUGCCGCAACUGUAAGAGUCCCAGGGAGGACCAUAGUCAGACGUUGUCCAUGUCGCUGCCUCCCCUGGACUCCGCCCCUCUGGCUGGCAAGAUCCUGUACCUCAGUUGUAAUCACUGUUGUUGUGUCUGCAGGAAGGUGUGCCGCAACUGUAAGAGUCCCAGGGAGGACCACAGUCAGACGUUGUCCAUGUCGCUGCCUCCCCUGGACUCCGUCCCUCUGGCUGGCAAGGAUCUGUACCUCAGUUGUAAUCACUGUUGUUGUGUCUACAGGAAGGUGUGCCGCAACUGUAAGAGUCCCAGGGAGGACCACAGUCAGACGUUGUCCAUGUCGCUGCCUCUCCCGGACUCCGCCCCUCUGGCUGGCAAGGUUCUGUACCUCAGUUGUAAUCAGUGUUGUUGUGUCUACAGGAAGGUGUGCCGCAACUGUAAGAGUCCCAGGGAGGACCACAGUCAGACGUUGUCCAUGUCGCUGCCUCCCCUGGACUCCGCCCCACUGGCAGGCAAGGUUCUCGACCCUCAGCGACAUUCACACUCUGACGACGACUCUGGCUGCGCCCUCGAGGAGUACACCUGGGUUCCUCCUGGUCUUCGACCUGAUCAGGUACACUUGUACUUCUCAUCUCUACCCGAGGACAAGGUACCGUAUGUCAACUCAGCAGGGGAGAGACACAGAGUUCGACAGUUGCUGCAUCAGUUGCCUCCGCAUGACAACGAGGUCCGAUACUGCCACAGUCCUUCUGAAGAGGAACGAAAGGAAUUGAAACUCUUCUCUGCACAGAGGAAGAGGGAAGCGCUCGGGAGAGGAGCUGUGAGACAACUCGUCGCCCCCAUGCCAUGUGAAGGGUGUGAUGAGAGACUAUCUACAGGAGACAUGUCAGUGUUUGCCUCUCGUGCUGGACCCAACUGUUGCUGGCACCCUGGCUGCUUUGUCUGUAGUGUCUGCAAGGAGUUGCUGGUAGAUCUCAUCUACUUCUACAAAGACAACAAGUUGUACUGCGGGCGGCAUCAUGCUGAAACACUCAAGCCUCGUUGUUCUGCCUGUGACGAGAUAAUCCUAGCGGACGAGUGUACAGAGGCGGAGGGCCGAGCUUGGCACAUGAAGCACUUUGCCUGUCUGGAGUGUGACUUACAGCUGGGAGGUCAGAGAUACAUCAUGAGGGACGGCAGACCUUACUGUCUUGCCUGCUUUGACGCCAUGUUUGCUGAGUAUUGCGACUCUUGUGGAGAACCUAUCAGAGUUGAUCAUGGUCAAAUGUCACACGACGGCCAGCACUGGCAUGCCACAGAGAAGUGUUUCUGUUGUCACACCUGUAGGUCAUCUCUGCUGGGGCGACCGUUCCUGCCUAGGAGAGGGGCGAUCUACUGCAGCAUAGCCUGUAGCAAGGGAGAACCACCAACACCCUCGGACCGUCUCAGAGAGCUUCCAUUACCUGGAGACGUCAUUGGUUUCACUCCCUCUCUAGUGUCUACUAAACUCACCACCAGCUUGGCCAGUGAAAACACUCCCCUCAAGUCUUGCAUUACAGCCGUGACUCCCAGCAGAGGAGUGAGGCCUUACAAGAAGAUCAUUCGAAGAUUCCCUGAGAAAUGUCAGAGGCAUCGGGCUCUUCCACCUAUACCAAGUCAGGAGUCCACGAAUUACGCACAAACAAAUUUGGGAUAUGAGGCAGAUAUUUCGUGGAGAGAAAAGGAAUUGGAUCGGCUGCCUCCUGAGAGCCAAUACCACUUUCUGAGUUCAUCUUCAACUACCUCCAUGAAGGAGAUUCCAAUAGUGAAGCCGCCUGUAGUCUCUGAAAGGAUAUCUUACAACCCUAACACAAGAAGGCUUCCACCUCUACCACCUUCAAGUCCAACGCCUUCAUGUCUACCUCAAAUAACUGAAGGGCUCACUAGAUUACAUGAUGACGUGCAUUCUAAGGUUUUAAAAGAAUCCAGAGUAAAUAGGCUUGAAAAUAUUACAACAUCAAAAGAAAUAUCGAACCACUAUUCAGCUUUAAUGAACACCCUUUGUCAACCAGUCAAUAAAUAUCUUGAAAACUUGCCUUCACAAGUAACUAUAGAAUCUCAAGUAGAACAUUUAGUAAUUAAGGAUCAGGUAGUUGAAUCUUCCCACUUGAACAUCGACAGGAUAGUAAUUGAAGGAAACGAUUUUUUAAAUCUCAAACCAGAAUUCAAAAGCCUAAUUUUAGGAAAUCCACCAACUACUGUAGACUCUGAAGUUUUCAAAGAGAUUAAAAAGUCAGCUCCGACAACUGUAAUUACUAAUGUAGACAGUCAUGAAGAACCUAUACUGACAAAGGCCGAAGAUAAAGAAAUAGAGACUAAUGUAAUUGUGAACGAUAACAAUUAUCUAAGUGAUUCUAGUGAAGACGCAAACUUUCAUAGAAAAAGUACAAGUUCAGAAAAAGAAGUUUCUCCUAGGAAGAACAGAAGUGUUAGAUUUCAAGGAGGCUCUUCUCCAGCGACUCCUCGUGAGAAGAAGCAUUGUGAUGACCGAAGAAGAAAAAAGAACAGGAGGAAAUACAAGAACAAGUUUGACAUUUACAAAGACUUUGAUGAUUCAAGCAGCACUUGCUCCACGUGUUCUUCCAGUUCAAGCAGUGAUGAUCAGUCGGCGUAUCAGUUGCCGCCACGAAGAGCCUAUGGAGGAGUGAGGAUAUCUUACGUCCCCAACGACGCGGUGGCCGUGGCAAAGAGAAGGCAAGCGAUGAACCCUCAGUCCACGGAGAAGAAUACUCUGGACAAAAACUGCACGAUAUCAUGAUGUUAUGUGGCAAUGCUCUGCAUACAGAGGAAGGGAAGACCCUUUCCUCAUGAUGAAGAGAAUAUUAUUGCUGCUCCAGCAAAAGUACCAUCUGUUCACAUCGAGUGCAGAGGGAACUUCAAUACUAGUACCUGACAAAAAACCAAAUAGAUAAGUUAGCUAAGAAUUAAACUCGUAAA